AUGAAAUACGUUGCUUCUGAACAAGUUUUGGACAUCCCAGAAGGUGUUUCCAUCAAGAUCGUCUCCAGAUUCAUCACCGUCACUGGUCCAAGAGGUACCCUUACCAAGGACUUGAAGCACAUUGACGUUUCUUUCGCUAAGAUCUCUGCUAAACAAAUCAAGAUCAUUGUCCACAAUGGUGACAGAAAGCACGUUGCUACCUUGAGAACCGUCAAGUCUUUGAUUUCUAACUUGGUUACCGGUGUUACCAAGGGUUACUUGUACAAGAUGAGAUAUGUGUAUGCCCAUUUCCCAAUCAAUGUUUCUAUCAUUGAAAAGGACGGUGACAAAUUCGUCGAAAUCAGAAACUUCUUGGGUGAAAGAAGAGUCAGACACGUCAAGAUCAGAGAAGGUGUCACUGCUGAAAUCUCUACCAAGCAAAAGGAUGAAUUGGUUUUGUCUGGUAACUCUGUUGAAAACGUUUCCCAAACCGCUGCUGACGUUCAACAAAUUUGUGCUGUCAGAAACAAGGAUAUCAGAAAGUUCUUGGAUGGUAUCUAUGUCUCUGAAAAGACUGUUAUUGACGAAGAAGCUUAA